CCUGGGCAGCCGCGGUCCGGAAGGGCCAGGAGCCGCUGACUUGGGGCCGAGUCGACGGACGCUGUGUAGGCCCAGACGGGCCCUCUCCUCCCCGCCCUCUCUCCUCUUGGCGCCGCCGGGACGCCGGCCGGGACUCCGUUUCCCAGAGGGCGCCGCGGCUGACGGACGCGCUCACUUCCGGCGGCGGCCCGCCACCUGGGUUCCAGCUGGCCAGGCAGGGUGGUGGGCUCGGCGACCGGCCGGGCGGGGCCGGCUGGGUGCCCGGCGUGCCCGGGCGGGCUGGGUGUGUUUUCGCGACCCCGGGGGCGUGUGCGCGCACGGUGGUGACAUGCGGGGGACGGCGAGCGCGCGGGCCCGCGGCCUGGGAUCCCCACCGCAGCGAGGCGUCCCCCGCACAAAGCCCAGAGCGGGCCGCGGCCGGAGCGCGGGGACCCCGGUUGCUUUCCCUUGCCCUGCCCGGGGAAGGCCGCGCGCAAGGAGUGGCUUCACAUCCAGGGGCCAGCGGGGAGCGGCGACUACGGGGCCUGAGAAUAGAGCUCUGCCUUCCAGGGACACGGCCUUUGUCCAGGUGAGGAGACACAAGCAGGAGGCGGCAGGGACAGAAAUUGAACGGCAAGCCACCUCCCAGAGCUUGGUGACAUUUGGGGAUGUGGCUGUAGAGUUCUCCCCAGAGGAGUGGGAGUGGCUGGACUCUGCUCAGAGGAGUCUGUACAGGAGUGUGAUGCUGGAAAACUACAGGAGCCUGGUCUCGCUGGGACUUUGUGUUUCUAAGCCCAAAAUGAUCUCCUCACUGGAACAGAGGAAGGAGCCCUGGGCGGCGAAGAGAACGUUGACAAGAGGCGGGUGUCCAGACUCACGGGCUCUGCCAAAGACCAAGGAGUUAUCUUCAAAGAAGAACUUCUGUGAAGAAAAGUCAUCCCAGGCGGUGCCAAUGGAGAGGCCCACAACCUACAGUCUGGAGUGCUCCGUUCUAGGGGAAGACUGGGGUUACAGUGCUGUGUUGGAGAGGCAUCUGGGCUUGGUGACCAUCACGAACAUGGCCGUAGACGUCUCCCAGCAGCCAGACCCAACUCGGAAGAGUUUCUGUAAGAAUGUUGUGUGGGAGGACCACAAUCUGGGGGCAGUAGGACAUUGUGUGUCUGAGCCAGACUUGGUCUCUUUGCUGGACCUUGGGAAGGAACCCUGGGUGGUGAAAGGAGAGCUGGCAAGAGGCCCAUCCCCAGGCCAGCAGUCUAUACAUGAGACCCAGGAGUUAUUUCCGAAGCAGGAUUCAUUUGCUGAAGUGGUAACGGACAGAACUUCAAACACUAACCUAGAGAGUUCCACUUUCAGAGGAAGCUGGGAUUCUGAGGGUCUGUUUGAAAGGAAGCUGGCAUGUCAGAAGACACAAUUCAGGCAGGAGGCAGUCACUCACAACAAAACUCUCUCUAAGGAAAGAGAGUGUCCGUAUAACAAAUCUGGAAGAUGGUUCCACUUGGACAUUUCAGAAGAGAGAGUUCACCGCUGUGAUUCAGUUAAGAAAACUUUCCCCCCAAGUUCAGUGGUAAUAAAACAUGCAGGGAUCUAUGCAGGAAAAAAACUUUUCAAAUGUAAUGAAUGUAAGAAAACCUUUACCCAGAGCUCAUCCCUCACCGUGCAUCAGAGAAUUCAUACUGGAGAGAAGCCCUAUAAAUGUAAGGAAUGUGGAAAGGCCUUCAGUGACGGCUCAUCCUUUGCCCGACAUCAGAGAUGUCACACCGGCAAGAAGCCCUACGAAUGUAUGGAAUGUGGGAAAGCCUUCAUACAGAACACAUCCCUUAUCCGUCACUGGAGGUAUUAUCACACCGGGGAGAAACCCUUUGACUGCAUCGACUGUGGGAAAGCCUUCAGUGAUCACAUCGGACUCAAUCAGCACAGGAGAAUUCAUACUGGAGAGAAGCCCUACAAGUGUGAUGUGUGUGACAAAGCCUUUAGGUAUGGCUCAUCCCUGACUGUCCAUCAGAGAAUUCACACAGGAGAGAAACCGUACGAAUGUGAGGUGUGUAGAAAAGCCUUUAGCCAUCAUGCCUCACUCACUCAGCACCAAAGGGUGCAUUCUGGAGAGAAGCCUUUUAAAUGUAAAGAAUGUGGGAAAGCCUUUAGGCAGAAUAUACACCUUGCUAGCCAUCUGAGGAUUCAUACUGGUGAGAAGCCCUUCGAAUGUGGGGAAUGUGGUAAGUCCUUUAGCAUCAGUUCCCAGCUGGCCACUCAUCAGAGAAUUCAUACCGGAGAGAAGCCCUAUGCUUGUAAGGUCUGCAGCAAAGCUUUCACCCAGAAGGCUCACUUGGCACAGCAUCAGAAAACUCACACAGGAGAGAAACCCUAUGAGUGUAAGGAGUGCGGGAAGGCCUUCAGCCAGACCACACACCUUAUUCAACACCAGCGAGUUCACACGGGAGAGAAACCCUAUAAGUGCAUGGAAUGUGGGAAGGCCUUUGGCGACAACUCCUCCUGCACUCAGCACCAGAGGCUUCACACUGGCCAAAGGCCCUACGAAUGUAUUGAAUGUGGGAAGGCCUUCAAGACAAAGUCGUCCCUCAUCUGUCAUCGCAGAAGUCACACUGGGGAGAAACCUUACGAAUGUAGUGCGUGCGGCAAAGCCUUCAGCCAUCGGCAGUCCCUUAGCGUCCAUCAGAGGAUUCACUCUGGAAAGAAACCGUAUGAAUGCAAGGAAUGCAGGAAAACCUUCAUCCAAAUCGGACACCUCAAUCAGCACAAAAGAGUGCACACGGGAGAGAGACCCCACAACCAUAAGAGAAGCAGAAAGGUCUUCAGGCAGAGCACACACUUUGCACAUCAGAGAAUCCACACUGGAGAGUCACCUGCACGCCCCUCUUUACCUCCUACAUCAAAUCCUGUGGAUCUGUUACCCAAGUUUCUCUGGAAUCCACCCUCACUCCCAUCACUAUAGUCCUGAGACAUUGUGGCUCAGAUAGACCACUCCAGCAGUUUAAAACCUGUUCUCUCUCUUUCUGUCUAUUCUGUUCUUGUCCUGUACAAGUUUGUUCUUCACAUUGUUGCAGUUAGAACGUGAAGAUUUUUGUUUUAAGUGAAAACAGAAUUCAUUUACUCCUCAUGUAAACACUUAUGUUGAGAUCCUUCAUAUUGAUUAAUGCAUAAGAUGUGUGUAGCACAAUGGCUGGUCCAUACUAAGCGUUCAGUAAUGUUAGCUCUUUUAAAAACAUUGUUUUCAGACAUUGAAAAGUUACCAUAGGCAACUCUGACUGAAAAUGAUGCAUAGAAUGAAGCUAAGAGAAGCUGGAUAUUAGGUCAGGAACAGGCGUUUCAAGACAGUGAGGCUUUGCCCGUUCUGGUUUAAAACUUGAUUCCAUAAUGUUGAGUUAGUAUUAUAGCUUUUCAUUUAUCUGCAUAAAGUGUAAGGUGCUGUGACCUUGUUGGUGAGAAAAUUACAUCUGACAACAGUCUUAGAAAGUGUGUAGAGAACAUGGGUGAGGAGGCCACCUGGAAGAAAAGAACUGAAACAAUCAGAGGAGAAGACAAGGUUCACCUGCGUACAUUUAAACCUUCUGACAUGUAUUAGAAAAUUUGGCAAGAUUUGAUCAUUUAAAGUCACCUGGGCUUAUGCGUGAAUUUCAUUAAAGUUUCAAAGAACCACUAACCUUGAGGCAGACUAAUCUUGACUAUGACUCAUGGCCAGAGCCUCACUGUUUCGUAUGGCCCAUGAUCUGAAUUUUAAAAAUUAUUUUAAUGGAGGAACAAGUGAAUAGAAUAAUAGCUUAAGACAACAUGAAAAUUAUAUGAAAUUUAAAUUUCAGUGUCCGUAAAUAAAGUCUUAUUGGCUCACAGCCAUGCUCAUUUGUUUACAUAUUGCCUAGGGCUGCUUUCACUCUACAAUAGCAGACCUGAGUAGCUGCAACAGAGACAGUAUUGCCUGCAAAACUUCAAAUAUUUACUCUCUGUCCUUGUGCAGAGAAAGCGUGCCGACUCCUGCUCCAGUGCAGAGAAAAAUACACAAAAGGUUCUAAUUAUUUUUAUGAGGAUAAUACAACUCUCCCAUCAAAAACAAGGAAAACUAUAAAGCAACUUAUGAAUAGAGGUGAAAGAAUGUUAUUAAACUGUUGAACAAUAGGAAAUGUCAAUAAAAGGAAAUACUAUAUUUUUCUAGAUGAAGUAAUACUGUUAAAAUGUUUGUAAAUUGUCACUCCCAAUAGAGUCUCAGUAGGAUAUGUUUGCUCUGACAGUUUUAGCUGAAAACCACACAAGGAAGGAUGAUUUGUCAAACAUAGCAGGACAUUUAAAAAAUGUUUUGGUGGGACUUCCGUGGCGGUCCAGUGGUUAGGACUCUGUGCUUCCAUUUCAGGGGGUGCGGGUUUGAUCCCUGGUGGGGGAGCUAACCUCGCAUGCCGCGUGGUGUGGCCAGAAAAAAAAAAAUCGUUGAAAAAAUGUUUUGGUAUAUAAUAAGAUUAGCGUUUCAUUAUUGGGGAAAUGAUGUUGUAACAAUUGAUUAUCCACUCUCCACAAAGAGAAGCAUACCUAGACCUUACAGAGAAAUAUAAUACAGUUGUAUUUAUCGGCUCUAAUUAUGAAAUAAUAUGUUAGAGGCGAACACAGAAAGGAGGAAGGCUCUACUGAGUAGGACAUGGAGCCCUGGAAGACAUGAAGAGAGUAAGCUGGCCUGUACAAAGAUUUAAAUAAACUUCGAUAUGGUGAAACGUGUCAAAAAAGAUGUAAGAGGCAACUGGCAGAAAAUACACACAACACAUGAAAAAAUAUGUCAUUUAAGAACAGAGUGCUAUGACACAAAGCAGUCGGGGAACUAGUCAGUGCUUACCAACAGGCGUGUCACAGUGGAAGAAUUCAAAUAAAGAAAAUUUGUUAGGUUCUUAACCUUGUUGCUCAGAAAAUUACAGAUUUAAAACGAAUCUUCUUGACUCGCAGAUGGAUUAAAAUCUAAACUGCAGUUAAUUUCCCAUACUAGUUAUUGUGGGAAAACAGGAGGUUGUUCAUCAUUACCAGUGUAGAUUUGUCUCCUCCUGUUUGGGGUGGCAAUAUGGCAUGACCUAUCCACACUAUAAAUAUGCAUUCCUUUUGAAACAGUAAUUCUAGAUCUAGGAGUUUCAUCCCAAUGGAAUAAAUAUAUAGAUAUAAAUAAUGUUUAUUGCAAAAUCUUUUUAAUUACAAUAAAUAGGAUUUCAGUAUCCUGCCAAGCAGAUUGAUUAAAUUGUGAUUAUUCAAUACAGUAUUGUCCAGUUAGCAGAAAGAGAUUAAGCUCUACAUAUGCUCCUAUGGAGUAUUGUCUGUCUACAAUAUAUUAAAUGCAAUAUGUGAUUUGCAGAACUUUAUGUGUAAAAUAAUCGUGUAGUCAUAGAGUCAAAAUUAAUAUUGAAUAUAUAUGUGUGCGUGUAUAUGUGUGUGUGUGUCUAUAUAUAUAUUUUUUUCAGUAUAUAUGUUGAAAUCUGUUUUUGUCUUUAACACAUGCUUUUCCUAGCUCUUUGUUGUCACUUUGCCUUCAUUCUGUAUUGUACUGUUGGACUGCCAGUCACACAUGGCUCUAAUUAAGCCAGUCAGGUUUUUCAUUCUUUGUAUUUUGACCGGAGACAUGAGGCAAAUAUUAGGCUUUAUGUAUGGGCCAUAAGGGAUGUUUUCUUUUAGUAUUCAUUUUGAUUGGUUGGACCACUUGUUGUAACAGCUAUUAUAAAGAUAUGGAACAUCACUCCUGGACUGCAAAUAUGUGGAAUUGAGUCAUCCUUUGGCAGCAGCCUAAAGAUUUCUGCAUCUCUACCUGUCUGAUCCAUUAAAAUGAUUCCUGCAUCCUCA